GGCGUAAGCGGAAGUACCGAUGCUUGGAGGUGUAACUUUGGCCACCAAAGUUGACUGUGCGUUUGAUGUUGGGUUUCUGCUCACCAGUUUUAAAUACCAUAUUAGCGACCCGUUUCAUAAAAGGCACAGAAUGGGUUUUUUGCGCAGGUACGUAUAGCACACAAUGAAAUGAACGAGCCACUUCGAGAACAACAAGGCACUGACGGAAUUAUGCUGGUCAGAAACAUUAAAGAUGCAGCAACACGCAGUGUUGGUCGGGCAAAGGUGGCCCACGCAGUGGUGGUCAUCUUUUUGGAAUUCUUUUCCUGGGGUCUUCUUACAACACCAAUGUUGACUGUGCUACAUGAAACAUUUCCACAGCACACAUUCCUCAUGAAUGGACUUAUUCAAGGAGUGAAGGGGUUGCUGUCUUUUAUGAGUGCCCCACUGAUUGGUGCCUUGUCGGACGUAUGGGGCAGGAAGUCCUUCCUGCUGUUGACAGUGUUCUUUACCUGUGCCCCCAUCCCGCUGAUGAGGAUAAGCCCAUGGUGGUAUUUUGCCCUUAUCUCUGUAUCUGGAGUCUUUUCAGUUACCUUCUCUGUUAUAUUUGCAUAUGUAGCAGAUAUUACAGAGGAGAAUGAAAGAAGUACAGCAUAUGGAUUGGUAUCAGCAACGUUUGCUGCCAGUUUAGUUACAAGUCCUGCUAUAGGAGCCUACCUAUCUGACCAUUAUGGAGACAGUCUAGUGGUUCUGGUGGCCACCAUCGUAGCUGUAGCUGAUAUUCUUUUCGUACUCCUCGUUGUACCAGAGUCUCUGCCAGACAAAAUGAGACUGUCAUCAUGGGGGUUUCCAAUUUCUUGGGAGCAAGCUGACCCAUUUGCUUCUUUAAGAAAAGUGGGUAAGGACACCACAGUACUUCUCAUAUGUGUGACAGUUUUUCUAUCAUACCUUCCUGAGGCAGGACAGUAUUCCAGCUUUUUCUUAUACCUCAGACAGGUUAUUAAGUUCUCAUCAGCAUCAAUUGCAGCAUUUAUAGCAAUGGUUGGAAUAUUGUCUAUAAUAGCACAGACUUUGCUUCUAAGUGUGCUGAUGAAAAAAAUCGGUAAUAAGAAUACAGUGUUGUUGGGUCUUGGAUUUCAGCUGUUCCAGCUGGCCUGGUAUGGCUUUGGGUCAGAAACAUGGAUGAUGUGGUCAGCCGGCGCCGUGGCUGCCAUGUCCAGCAUCACCUUCCCUACAAUAAGUGCCCUGGUAUCCCACAUCACAGAUCAUGGCCAACAGGGUGCAGUGCAGGGAAUGAUAACCGGGAUUAGGGGCCUGUGCAAUGGGCUUGGGCCGGCUCUUUUUGGAUUCAUCUUUUUUCUCUUCAAUGUGGAACUGAAUGAGAUAGGGCCAAUGGACCAUGACCCAACUUCAGCUGUCAGUGUUGAGAAACCGGUCAUUCCAGGCCCUCCCUUCCUGUUUGGAGCCUGUACUGUUCUUCUAGCUCUGUGUGUGGCCUGCUUCAUCCCAGAACGUCACAGUGUGAUAGUGAAAACCUGCAGCAUACGGGUUUCACCUGUUAAUGGAACCCACUGUAACAGUUCUGCUCCCGGGAGUGAUGAGGACAUCGAGCCUCUCUUGCAGGACAGUAGCAUGUAGCUAACUGAUACUACCCGAAGCCUCACCUUUUUUUCAUUUUGGAACAUGUAAGAAAUAUAGUACAGAGGUGCAAGCAACCAUGUGAUCUGGAAUGACAUGAAAUGGUUAUAGUCUAGUCAUAUACUUUUUAUAUAAUGUAUUUGUUCCAAUUCUGUCUCAAAAUGAACAUUUUUGAACUUUUAAAAUGUUUUAACAUAAGGUAAGCUUUGCUUAUGUUUGCCAGCUGAGAUGUAUUAAUGUUAUGCUCUUAGUCGAAAAUGUGCCUUCACCUUGCAUUUGCUGGCUAUUUUUUUUUCAUUCACUUUCUGCUGAAUGUAUAUUAUAUGAUGUACCAUAGGUCACUGAUGAUAUCACUUUCAUUUUUAAAUGUGUAGCACUGUAAUAGUUGUCUAUUAAAGAAACCAUGAAAGACAAUCUUUAUAUGGAAACUAUAAUAAUUACAUUUCUUAUAUAAGCUGUUAUUUUAUUAGAUAUUGAGCUUUCAGACAUAUCCAUGUCCAUAGUUUGGUUUAAUUUAACAACCACUAUGUGACUAGUUUGACCUAUCAACUGAAUGCACAAGGUGUUGUCAUAUCUGCAGUUUAUAUAAUAGUCUAUUGUAUAGAGAUAUUGGCAACUAGGAACUGUAUAUGAAAAGUAUAUUGUAUACAAGCUGGCCUAAAUAUUUUGUCAGAUUGUAAAUUCUUGAACUGUUACAUGUAUAUGCAAAAGGGGAGAUUUAUUCCCCUAGGUAAUUCUAUUUAACUCUUCUUGUUUACCCUCUGCUUGUGUUCACACCUCAAAUAAUAACUGCUACCUCAAUCUGUAAUAUUGAGCCUAGCUCAGCUCUAUCUCCAUUAAAAAAAAAAAGAUAUUUGAGUGAUAAGAUACCCAGUAGCAUUUCUUAUUAUUGCUUUUACAUAUGCAACCUAGACAUUCCUGAUCAGGUAUUUGUUGUUGAUGCGUGUUAUACCUAUUCAAAUGCCUACUGUAAGAAGCAACGCUGUCUAUUCAGACUUCACAGUAUAUCAAUAAAAACACAAUUAGAUGUUUUUUCUACAAUAUUCUCUAAUGUACAUGCUACUAACAAGCAGUACAAAGUUGUAAAGCAAGUUGUGAAGUCAGUCACAAGAUUCCAUUUCAUAGUUUGUUUUACGUGCUUUUCACUUAGUUAUGUUAAAUAAUCAUUGCAAUUGUAAUGUUUAAUACAGUAUACGCCUCUUUAA